UUACACGUGUGGAAACCAGGCAUAGAAGGUUUUUUUUUUUUUUUUUUUUUUUAGUGGCUCCAACGUUUGACAAAAGUCCUUGAAUUACCAAACUUUGCUGUCUCUCUCUCUCUCUCUCUCUGAAAAAACAAAAGCGAAUUGAAGUUAUAGAUUCAAGUGCAUGGUUAUGGAACUAGAGGCAGAGAAAUCCUUGAUUCAGGCAGAGAGUUCUGAUGGGCCAAACUCUAACAGUUCAGAUUUUGUAGCUCAUGUAAGGAAACUACUGUUUCGCCGAAUGUUGGUGGGAAUUAGAGAUGGAAGAUUUUUCUUGGGCACCUUCCACUGCAUGGACAAGCAAGGAAACAUCAUUCUCCAAGAUGCUGUGGAGUACCGUAGCACCCGACGCUCCUCUACUUCUCCAAUGGAACAGCGGUGCCUUGGUCUUAUUCUCAUUCCUUCCUCCUGUCGUUCGUCUUGUCAUGUGGGUUGUUCUAUUGAAGAGCAAUUGUCUCUGCUAAAAUUAUAGAAAUCAAAAACAUUAUGAAUUUCAGAACUUUUCUGCUUGAAUCAAUCUGAUAAAAAAUGUGACAUUCUUCUUGUUUAUGAUUAUUGGAGAUUUGAUUUAAGUUAAUAGGAAAUAUUAUUUACGAUGAAA